GCAAAAACUCAACUCUCCUCCGCUAGCCAUCAUGAAGCCCACUGCUGCCCGUCUAAGUGAUAUGCCCGGACCCAAGGUAUACAGCCUUUGGUGGGGUGACAAGUCUGGUGGAGUCCGACUAAAGGGAAUCACUCAAUAUACUCUUUCCCCAUAUCAAGUGAAAGCUGCUCCUCAUUGGCUCCGCCACUACCUCUUCAAUGGCUACCGCCGCCUCUCCGGCGAGUUGUUCUUCUUCGGUGUCCCCUUCGUCCUGGGCUACAGUGUCUACGCAUGGGCGAAGCGCGUUGAUGAAUACCAGAACAGCAAAGCUGGACACAUUGCGGCUGGUGUACAUCACUAAUGGGCAGAUUAGUACCUUGUGGAUUAGAACCCUAGAAAAUCACAUCUUUAAUUUGGCGACCAGGGCAAGCAGCAUCGGCACAUUGUCGCCUUAUCCAAUCAAACUUCACCAUGCACU